AUGUCUCUUAGUGCUUUAUUAAAUGAUGACUCUUCGUCUGCUCUUUCUUCCCGGUUGCAUUCAUCAAUGGAUGAAUCUCAAGAAAGCUCCCUCAUCCCAGAUGAAAAAUUUCAAUUAAACACUAAAUAUGAAAAUUCAAUAAAAGACAAGUCCACGGCUAUUGAAAAAUUCAAAAUGAAUUUGGAUUUAUUAAAAAAAAGAGAUGCUCAAGAAUUACUGGUUCAAAACUGGAAUUUUAUUAGUUUUCAAGAACUGGAAUUAAUCAAUGAGUGGAAUUCUCAACUAAAAGAAAUAUUUGAUCACCAACACCUGAAUAAGGAAAAGGAGAAAGAGAAAGAAAAAAUCGAGCAAGAAAAUAAGAACAGAUUGAUUAGAGAUAAUCAAGGGGAAGAAGAAGAAAAAGAAAAAGACGACGAAAAAGAAGAAGAAGAGGAAGAGGAGGAAGAAGAAGAAGAAGCAGAAGAUGAAAAAGAAAUAAAUGAAGAAGGAAAAGAAGAAAUUACUCCCGGUAAUCAUAUUCCAAUGAAAGACUCGAUUAAGAAAGAAAGUAGUACCGGGAUAGAUUUAUUGUUAGAUAAUAUGGAAAGCAUCGAUAAAGAAUGGGAAAAUUUCAUGGAAUAUAAAAACUCAAAGGAUUCUAUUAGAAAAGAGUAUACUGCAAGUUUAACCAAGAAAGAUAGAAGGAGAACAAGAAGGAAUACUAGAAAAAAGUCAAUAAACGAUGAUAAGACAACUGCCACUGUUGUUGCUUCAACGGUUAAGCAUAGUAAGAAAGGCUCCAAAACUGCCGCUCCCGAUUCUACUAAUACAUCUCCUAAGGGUAAAAAAUUUAAGAUACAACCUGUAUCCUCAUCUUCACCAACUACAGUGUCAAUUAAGCCAACACCUGAAGAUCCUGAUAAUAUAAAAAGAAACUCUUUACAUGAGAGAUUCAUUGCAAACAUAUACGGUAAAAAAAGAACAUUAAAAAAAAACAAUCAUUCACAAACUUCAAGCGAAUCGUCCAAUGCAACCUUUACUACCGGCAGUAACCAUAGCAAUCCUAGACUAAAAGUUGUUGAAAUUAAUAAUGGUUUUGGUCGCAGAUUGAGAACUGACCGCCAAUUAAGGAAUAAAGGCAAAAACAGACAUCGUGAAGGAAAAUAUGCAGAUGAAUCUGAAAGUGACGAAGAAGGAGAAAAAGAAGAUGAGAAAGAUGACAACGACGAGGAGCAACAACAACAACAACAACAAGAAGAAGAAGAAGAAGAAGAAGAAGAAGAAGAAGAAGAAGGAGAAGAUAAUCCACCGCAUGAACAUACCGAUACUGACUCUAUUGAUCAGGAAAACACAAAAAAAAUUAUUAUUAGACCAUCUCCUUUAACAGAAGAAGAAAAAAAUAGAUUAGAGAUUAAAAGAAUUGUGAAUAAAAAUAAAAAAAAGAUGGAUGCGGAAAGAAAAAGAAGAUUUACGCAUUGCACCAUUAUAUCACAUGAUGAAGACAAAUUUGAAUUAAAAAUAGUAUUAAAACAACAACACGUCAAAAUUUAUAAGAGGCAUCUAAGAGAAGUUGCUGCUGUGGAAAAGGCAAAACAUGCUGCUAUUAAAAAAGCAGCAGCGGCGGCAGCAGCUAUUGCAAGUAAAAACAACAACAAGAGAAAGCGUAACAAUAAUAUCAAGGACGAAGAUGGUAACAGUGAUCAAACUGUUUCCAAAAAUGAUGAGCCAAAGAACUAUGAGGAUGAAGAAGAUGGUACUAAGAUGAGAAGGCUAAAUGAUGAUAACGACUUGAGUACUGUUGAUACUCCUAUAGUCAAUGCUAACAAUAGUAAAGAUGGAUUACCUACAUAUGGUAUGAAAAUGUCUGCUAAGGAAGCUAGGGCAAUUCAAAGACACUACGAUAACACCUAUUUCACUAUAUGGAAAGAUAUGGCUCGUAAGGACUCUGCAAAAACCUCGAGAUCAUUACAGCAAAUGCAACAAAUUAGAAGUCAAAAUCUGAAAAAAACUUCCUCUUUAGUCGCUAGAGAGGCUAAAAGAUGGCAAGUGAAAAACUCUAAACAAGUCAAGGACUUAAUAAGUAGGGCCAGAAGAGGAGUCAGAGAAAUGUCUAGUUUUUGGAAGAAAAAUGAACGAGAGGAAAAAGAUAUCAAGAAGAGAAAAGAAAAAGAAUUGUUGGAUCAGGCUAGAAAAGAGGAAGAAGAAAGAGAAAAAGUUAGACAGGCAAAGAAAUUGGAAUUUUUAUUGACCCAGACUGAAUUAUAUUCUCAUUUCAUUGGCAGCAAAAUUAAAACAAAUGAAAUCGAGGGCGAUAUGGGAGAAAAAACUGCUACUGGUGCUACUUUAAGUAAUAUUGAACUAUCCGUUGAGACUGCUAAAAAGAAUGAUCAUAGAAGUAUGGAUUUUGAUGAAGAAACUAACGACAGUUUGAAUCGUAAAGCUUUGGAAAAUGCAUCCAAUGCAUUAAAGGAAAACCAGGAAAGAGCCAAAGAAUUUGACGAUAAAAAUCCAGGUGAUGAUGAAGAAUUAAAUUUUACCAAGCCGUCCACUUUAGAAAACGCUGUUAUUGAACAACCAAAGAUAUUAUCAUGCACAUUAAAAGAAUACCAAUUGAAGGGACUUACUUGGUUGGCUAAUUUAUAUAGCCAUGGUAUUAAUGGUAUUUUGGCAGAUGAAAUGGGUUUGGGUAAAACCGUACAAUCAAUUUCUAUUUUGGCACACUUAGCUGAAAAGUAUAAUAUUUGGGGUCCAUUUUUAGUUGUUACCCCCGCUUCCACUUUACAUAAUUGGGUCCAGGAAAUUUCGAAAUUUGUGCCCGAUUUCAAAAUCUUACCAUACUGGGGUAAUGCUAAUGAUCGUAAGGUUUUACGUAAGUUUUGGGAUAGGAAGCAUUUAAGAUACGACAAAAACUCUCCUUUCCAUAUAAUGAUUACCUCCUACCAAAUGGUUGUUUCUGAUGCAGCCUAUUUACAAAAAAUGAAGUGGCAGUAUAUGAUUCUAGAUGAGGCACAAGCUAUUAAAUCUUCACAGUCUUCUAGGUGGAAGAAUUUAUUGAGUUUCCAUUCACGUAACAGAUUACUAUUAACUGGUACACCAAUUCAAAAUAACAUGGAUGAACUAUGGGCUUUAUUACACUUUAUCAUGCCAACAAUUUUUGAUUCGCCAGAAUUUUUCAGUGAAUGGUUUUCUAAAAAUAUUGAGGCACAUGCCAAGUCUAACACUCAAUUAAACACCCAACAAUUAAGCCGUUUACAUCUAUUGUUAAAACCUUUUAUGCUAAGACGUAUUAAAAAGAAUGUUCAGUCCGAGUUGGGUGAUAAAAUUGAAAUCGACGUGAUAUGUGAUUUGACUCAAAGACAAUUGAAGUUGUACAACGUUUUGAAAUCGCAAAUGAGCAGUAGUAACUAUAAAGAUAUCGAAAAUGCUGUAACUGCAUCUGCUGAUAGCUCUACUGGUAGCGAUUCAAGAUUGGCCAAUGCGGUAAUGGAAUUUCGUAAAGUUUGUAAUCAUCCAGACUUAUUUGAAAGAGACGAUGUUACAUCGCCCUUUUUGUUUGGCAAGUUCGGCAAAGUUCAGCAAUCUUUUAACAGAGAGGGAAAUAUCUUGGACUUUAUGUAUUCCACGGAAAAUGAAAUAGAUGUACACAUACCAAGAUUAAUAUAUGAUGAUUUGAUACUUCCAAACUUUAAAAAUGACGUUGAUUUGAAAAACAAGUUAUUCAAUAAAACAUUUAACAUUUUAGAUACCUCGAACAACGAAGAAUUAUGCUUGACUUUAUCCAUUUUGUCAGGUUUGAGUCCCGGUUCCUUGGCCAAAAUCCACAAUAAAGGUUUACUCAAUAGAGUCAUAGAUUUGGAAGAAAAUGUCAGUGACAAGUGUUCAAGACUAGAUAUAAUUUACGACGAGAACUCAGUUUCGUAUCAGAAAAAUUUGGUAGUCCCUUCUAAGCAACAGUUUCUUUACAACCAAAAAAAUGUUACUAUGGACGGAGUUUUAUGCAAUUUAAUGAACAUAAAUGAAAUGUAUCAAAAGGAACAUUACUUGCAUAAUAUGAAACCUGCCUGCGGCUUACCAGCCGCUGCGCCACCUAUCACACCCACAGUUAAUGGUUCUACUACAUUCACUAAUCAGCUACAUUAUGAUUUGUUUAAUCCAAAGAUAACAACCGCUUUUUCUGAAAUCCCACCCAUUGUACAGCAUGAUAUAAUAGAAGUUAAAAAGGUGCCAUUGGAGGAGUUGCCCAGAUGUGAAAUGUGGCCAGCCCCAUUGAAUAAGAAUUUUGUCACCAAAAACAUAUCUAUGCCUUCAAUGGAUAGGUUUAUUACAGAGUCUGCUAAAUUGAAAGCUUUAGACAAGUUGUUAAUCAAUUUAAAAGAUGAGGGUCAUCGUGUUUUAAUUUAUUUCCAAAUGACCAAAAUGAUGGAUUUAAUGGAAGAGUAUUUGACUUAUAGACAAUACAGACACAUUCGUUUGGACGGUUCUUCUAAAUUGGAAGACCGUAGAGAUUUGGUUCAUGACUGGCAAACCAAACCUGAAAUUUUUAUCUUUUUAUUGAGUACAAGAGCAGGUGGUUUAGGUAUUAAUUUAACAGCUGCUGAUACAGUUAUAUUUUAUGAUUCAGAUUGGAAUCCAACCAUUGACUCACAGGCAAUGGAUAGAGCACACAGACUAGGCCAAACAAAACAAGUUACUGUUUAUAGACUUUUAUGUCGCAACACAAUUGAAGAACGAAUGAGGGAUAGAGCUAAACAAAAGGAGCAUGUCCAACACGUUGUUAUGGAAGGUCAUGCCAAAGAAGAGAUUAUUAAAGGUAAAGAAGUUAAGGUCAGCAAUGAUAAAGAUCAUCCAAAGGCUAAUGAACAAUUAAAUUAA